UUAAGCCACCAAACCCUUCAGCCUCCGCCACCAUUGAAAUAGAAAAAUCAAACUCCACCCGACACAGAUCUAAAUCCGUCUCUGUCAGAUACGAUACUAAAAUCUCGUCUCACUUCUAUUCGGAAACUUCUGUGCGUUAUAACUUAUAACGAAAUGGAUUUCCAAAUAUUUUAAGAAAAAUGUAAUGCCGAGAAAUUAUGGGAGUAUGUUUCAGAACUCGUGAAGAGGCUGUUUAUCUAAAUUAUCACCGGUCUUGCCACAACACUUCUGAAUUUCCUAACCUUGUCCUUUCCUAAACUUAAACACUGGCUAAAGGACUCAAAAAUUGAGGAGGUGGAGGCACUUGCAAUGAGAAAAAACUGAAUUUACUUAGUGAAGUUGCUGCGGAAAAUAAUCCGUAGCUCAAAGGUAUGGCUCAGGAUAUAAUAAAGUUCACACAUUUACAAGAUCUUAUACUGGAAUAUGCUGACCAAAAAACAUGUUGAGAAUGAAGGAGAUGCUGGGAAUGGGGGAGAUGCUGGAGGAGAUGCUGAAGCUUCAAAUGUUAGUGGAAAUGCUGAAGCUUCAAUUGUUGGAAGUGAAAAUGCUGCUGGAGCUUCGAAAUAUGGUUCUUGAAAAGGACUCAAAAACUGAGGAGGUGGAGGCACUUGGAAUGAAAAAAGCUGAACUUACUAUACUAAUGGUGAUAGAAGGAGGGUUGGGCAUACUUGGAGAAGUUGCUGCGAAAAAUAUUCCGCAGAUCAAAUGUAUGACUCAGGAUAUAAUAAAGUUCACACAAUUACAAGAUCUUGUACAGGAACAUGAUGACAAAAAACACGCUGAGAAUAGAGGAGAGAGUGGAGGAGAUGCGGAAGCUUAAAAUGUUAGUGGAAAUGCUGGAGCUUCAACUGUUGGAAGUGAAAAUUUUGUUGGAGCUUCAAAACCUGAUCCCUCAAAAGGUAAAUAUGGGCAAAAGCAUAUCUUGGGGAUUGAAACUUUAGUCCUUUAGCCAUAUAUUAAUUUGCUUUUGUUAUUAUUAUUAUUAUUAUUAUUUUUGCAAUCAGAUGGGAAGAUCUUUUAGAAGCCUAGGAGAGAUUGAAUGCUGAGAAGAUUAGAGAAAUCAAGAAUUUUGAGUGGCAUUUCUCCUUUUGUCAAACUAGGCAAUUUCUUUCUUUUAGGAUUAAAGUGAAGUAUACUCAAAGUUACCACUACACUAUUAAAUUUUUGUGCUCA